AUGUCUGAGGACCCUGAGGUUGACGAUUAUAUGUCGGACAUAUAUCUAAAUGAGGCUAACAAUUCUGAUGCAUCUCGACUAACAGAGUACACUAGGAAGAGGAGGAUUGAAGAAGAACAAGCUCAUCUUAAAAGUCACCAGAAUCGAAUGAAACCGUUGAAAGUGUUACAAGCGGAGAAACGAGAGGAAGUUUUAAAGAAGGCCAUUGGAACUGAUAAUAAAGGAUUUAAGUUGAUGGCCAAGAUGGGUUACAAAGUUGGUGAUGGGCUCGGUAGAAAAGCAAAUGGAAUAGCUGAACCAUUGCCGAUAAAUAUUAAAGGAGAUCGAGGUGGAAUAGGUAAAGAUGAGGAAAAAAAUAGAAAACGAAAAUUACAAGAAAUACGACUUCAACAAUUGGCCAAAAGGAGACAGUUAGUAGAAAAAGAGCGAGCUGAAAACUUUCGUGAACUUAUUCGUUCGAAACGCACGCAACAGCGUGCUAAGCAUGAUUUACGAAAAGCGCAGCUGGCUUGCCAAAGAUUAGAUGAAAGCAAGGAUUUAAAUUAUGUAAAACCAUGGUACUGGUUAAUUGAAGAUGAUGAAGACGAAAAAGAGCAAUGUACAUUAGAAGAUGAUGCUGAAGACACAGCUACGGAAUUCGAAAGGCUAGUAGAACUCAACCAAUACUUAAGAAGCAAAUACCACUACUGCAUAUGGUGUGCUACAACUUACGAUGACUCUGAUGAUAUGGAUAAUUCGUGUCCUGGCGAUUGUGCGGAGGAUCAUGAUUAG